CUUCCCCACUUCUUCCAUCUCGGCCGUGACUCACCAUCAAGACUCACUCAGUCGCCUCCUCUCCUCUCCCCUCGUCGUCCUAAAAACAAAUUCUUUGUCUUCUCCUCUCCCCCACGCGACCAAACGCAGACGCGGAAGCGGAGCUCACGCGGAGAAGACGAGCGAGGAAUGGCGGCAGUUCCCACGCGCCACUAAUACAGUUGCUGAGAGCAGAGCAGAGGCAUCUCAUUCUCCUCAGCUCCUCGAAUCCCACCUAGUCCCGGAGGGAGGAGAAGAUUCGGAGCUUUCUUCCUCGACCUCGACCAAGAAAAUGGGCAGCUACGCCUACAGGUACUGCAUGUGCUUCACCCGCAAGUUCCGGUCCCCGGACGCGCACCCGCCGCCCGACGUCCGCGCCGCCCACGCCGCGGCGGCCCAAGGCGACGACGGCCUGCGCCGCUUCCUCGACGACGUGCAGCGGGAGCGCCCCUCCGACGCCGACCGCAUCCUCGCCGUGCUCUCCGGCGGCGGCGCCGCCGGCGGGAUCGCCCGCUUCGUCGGCAGGUCCCCCGCCCACGCCGUGCCCUCGCUCGACGACUUCUUCGGCUUCCUCUUCUCCCCGGACCUCAACCCGCCCAUCGACAGCAAGGUUCACCAGGACAUGUCAGCCCCGAUUUCUCAUUACUACGUCUUCACUGGCCAUAAUUCCUACUUAACCGGGAACCAGCUCAAUAGUGACUCCAGUGACAUUCCAAUUAUAGAAGCGUUGGAGAGAGGCGUGAGAGUGAUUGAACUCGACAUGUGGCCAAACUCUGCGAAGAACCGUGUUGAGAUUCUGCAUGGAGGGACAUUGACUGCACCUGUAGAUAUCAUGAGAUGUUUAAAGUCCAUUAAAGAACACGCCUUCACCGCUUCGACGUAUCCCCUUGUAAUUACUCUUGAAGAUCACCUCACAGCUGAUCUCCAAGCCAAAGUAGCUGAGAUGAUCAGGGAAACAUUUGGGGACCUCCUUUACGUCCCUAGUUCAGACACACUAAAUGAGUUUCCUUCUCCAGAAGCUCUAAUGAAAAGGAUUAUCAUCUCAACUAAGCCACCAGAAGAAUUCAAAGAAUUUCUUAAAGCUCAGGGUAAUCAGAAUGAAAGUGAGAAGGCAGCUAAACUGGCUGAGGAAGUAAGCUUGAAAAGAGCAGAUUCAAAUGCUGACGAUUCUGAUGGCAAGGAUGAGCUGGAUGAAGAAGAUGACGACAUUUCGGAGGAAGAGGAUCCCAAAUUUCAGCCGGAUACUGCAUGUGAGUAUAGGAAACUCAUAACCAUCCACGCUGGCAAACCAAAAGGCCAUUUGAGGGAUGCACUUAAGGUCGACCCCAACAAAUGCAGACGCCUUUCUUUGAGCGAGACGCAGUUGUCUAAAGCAACAAUUUCUCAUGGUGCUGAUAUCAUAAGGUUCACUGAGAAAAAUAUACUGAGGAUUUAUCCCAAGGGUACAAGGAUUAAUUCUUCUAACUAUGAUCCAAUAAAUGCCUGGAGUCAUGGUGCUCAGAUGGUUGCAUUCAACAUGCAGGGGCAUGACAAAUCACUAAGAUUAAUGCAAGGAUUUUUUAGAGCCAAUGGGGGCUGCGGAUAUGUUAAGAAGCCAGACUUCUUGCUAAAGGCAGACCAAAAAGGUGAAGUAUUUGACCCUAAAGCAAUAAUGCCGGUGAAGAAAACUCUGAAGGUCAAAGUAUAUAUGGGAGACGGGUGGCGCAUGGACUUCAGUAAAACUCAUUUUGACGCCUUCUCUCCACCUGAUUUCUACGCUAGGGUAGGGAUAGCGGGAGUGCCUGCGGACUGCGUGAUGAAGAAGACUCGGACGGUUGAGGAUCAGUGGGUGCCGGUGUGGGACGAGGAGUUCUCGUUCCCGCUGACGGUCCCGGAGCUGGCCCUGCUGCGUGUGGAGGUCCAUGAGUACGACAUGUCGGAAAAGCACGACUUUGGCGGGCAGACGUGCCUGCCGGUGAUGGAGCUGAAGCAGGGGAUCCGCGCCGUGCCCCUCCAUGACCGCAAGGGUAACAAGUACAAGUCGGUGAGGCUCCUGAUGCGUUUCGAGCUCGUGUGAGGCUCUGCGAUCGUCCUGUCUGUGGUGGCAAUUCAUUUUAGCUUGUAACUAUGAGAAGGAAAUGAAUGGGAUGGCAUUGUGGGUUGUGCUUUAGUGUGGUGUUAUAUGUAGGAGUAGUGAAUAUUAUCUGAAUAAUAAGGGUAAUACUAGCAAUGGAAGCAGCAAACAGCGUUUUUUUU